UUGUCUUUUUACAACAAACAUAGUUUCAUCCUCAUGCUUCGAGGUCUUGUUGAUUCAACUAAGCUUACGGGUGAACAACAGAAGCACAUUGACACUCUUCAAGACGAAAUAGACGAAAUAUGGAACCGACGUGGUGACUAUAAGAUUGACCCAGAGGCCUGGGAGGAAAUGCCCAUAUUUAUGGAAACAAUCACCAACGAGGAUGUUGAAAAAAAUGCCAAUUGCGCUGCACUCUCCUCCAUCGUGUACGACGAGAUCCCGCCCGAUGAGGUGGCGGAAAACCGAAAGGAGCACGGCAACUGCAUGUUGAAUCUUGCGCUUAACCCCAGCCAGGACAGACGUGAAAACCUGGCGAGGGCGGCGUGCAAUAGCUACACCGAGGCCUUACAGGCGAAAGGAAAGGAUAUGCAUCUCACCGCCAUUAUCUACAGCAAUCGCAGUUUAGCCCAGUUCAUUAUUGGCAAUUAUGGUCACGGCCUUGAGGACGCUCAGAGGGCGAUUAUAUUAUCACCGGAUUACCACAAGGCCUACUACCGCGCCGCGCGGUGCGCAGAACGGCUCGGUAAGUAUGACCUUGCGCUUAGCAUGCUGUCUCGCGGCAAGCAAGUUAAGCCACCGUUGGAUGCAAAGGGGCUGAAAGAAUUUGAGGAAUUGGAGGAGGUGUGUAAUGAAGCCCAAUCCAAAGUCGAUGCGGAGGAAAAAAGAAAAAAAAGGAAUCACGAACCAAAGUGGUGGACACUGUCAGUCUGA